UUAGGCUAUGCCAAUGAAGUUGGAGAGUCAUUUCGUGCCCUGGUGCCUAAAGCACUAGUUUGGGCUACCUAUGGUGUAGCCACAGCCUAUGUUACUGCAGAUGCUGCAGAUAAAGGAAGGAAAGCAGCAGAGCUGAACAAAGACAGCCCAGAAAGAACAAAGGGCGUUACAGUAGCAGUGAUAGAUACUUUUGUCUGGCAAGCUCUUGCAUCUGUGGCCAUUCCAGGAUUUACCAUCAACAGAAUAUGUGCUGCUUCACUUUAUAUAAUGGGACACGUGACUCGAUGGCCUCUGCCAGCACGAAAAUGGGCUACUACUGCAAUAGGUCUUUCUGCAAUUCCAGUUAUCAUAACACCAAUAGACAGGCAAGUGCUGAUAUUUGAUAUUUUCCAUCUUUGUUGGCAUGUGAAAUACCAGGUGACUAGCAUUCACAGGGAAGAUUCUAAAAUACUGUCAGUGUUUGGGGGGUUUUUUUUUUGUUUUGUUUUUUUUUAA